ACGCACAACACGGCCGUCACGCCGAAAAGCUACCCGGUCCCGGCCAGCGGCCAUCGCUGGUGUGUCGGGAUGACUCUCCCGGCUGGCUCUCCACCUGGAGGAGGCCGAGGAGGAAGAGGAGCAGCAGCCGCCGGCGACGCGGCGGCCUCUAAGGCCCGGCCCGCGCCCGCUCGGGUCCCGCUGAGGCGGCGGUGAGCGCGUCGCUCCCAGCCGACACUCUUCCUUCCCUCAGCUAUUUUAAAAGUAUGCUGAAAUGGGGCAGCGGUGAUGUUUCAGCUACUAAAUCUGGAGCUCAUGGCCCACUUCAAGCGGCAAACAUGUCAGUGACCGAUUUGACAGAACAACUGGUCCAAAAUGAACAGCUGGUAGCACAACUCAAAGAACUUGUCAGGGACAAGGAUAAUGAGUUAUGCCUUAAAGAACAACAAUUAAAGGCACAAAAAGAAGCUUCUGAAGCCAAGAUUUCCAAAUUAAAGCUGCAAAACAAAGCCAAAGUGACAUCCUUAACAGCACAAUUAGAGGAACUCAAAAAUCAAUUAUCAGGAGAUGAAACCCAAGAAGGAAAUUCUGAGCAAAAGAGAGCUGCAAGUCGUGGAAAAAUCUUGGUACUUAAAAAGAAAGUUGAGGAGCUAGAAGCAAAGAAUGCCCAAAAAAAUGAAGCGCUACAGAAAAAGAUUGAUGAGUUGGAUGCUGCACACCAGCGUGGUGCUGAAAUGGAUGCUAUGCUUGCUGAGAAGCAAAAAAAAUUAAUGGAAAAAGAAGCCUUCAUAAUUGAUUUACAGCUAGCCUGUGGAUCAACUGAUGCCAAAGAAGUACUAAUCCAAAACAGUGAAUUAAAGAACCAACUAUCCACAAAGGAGGCUUCAUUGCAGAGUAUGAAACUUAUGGUUCAGAAUCUUAUCAAGAAAGUUGAAGACAAUGAACAAAGAUGCAGCUGCCUCCUGGAACAAAAUGAAAACCUUAAAAGCAUUCAGAUUAAAGAGAGGGAGCAUUUCCAGGAAAGAGAAGCAAUGUAUACACAAAAUAUCCACGUGUUUCAGAAUAUGAUCUUGGAAAAGGAAAAAGAGCUCAUGGGAGUGGCCCAGAAACAUGAGCAGGAACUCUUUAAGCUGGUUGCCAAAUCAGAUGCUAGUGCUGAUCUAGAACAGCUACUGAAAGCCUUGAAACAGAAGCUACAUGAAAAAGAAGAGGUUUUGCAAGGAAGGACACAGGUGAUAUUCAUGUUGCAAAAAGAACUGGAUGGAAAAGACAAGCAGCUAAAAGAAAUUAAUGAAUACCUGAAUCACCUUCAGUUAGAGAAAAACAACCUCCAGUCCAAACUAGAUGCUGAAAAGCAUAUAAUGCGAGCCCAGCUGAGAGACAUGAUGGAGAAACAUGAGAUUGAACUGCGAAAAGUCAGAGAGAAAUAUGAUGCUGACAUGCAGGAGAUCCGAGAGAAGCAUGAAACAGAGCUGCAGGAGAAAGACCAAACCCUGAUUCAGCUUCAGAAGCAAUUGGAACAAUUAAGUUCCAGUGACAAAAGUAAUUUGGAUGUUGUAAUGAAACAAACAUUGGAGAACCUAGAAGCUCGAGUGAAACUAAAAUCAGAAGAGGCCAGCAAAUCUGAAGCUAAGUUCCUCAAGAUGAAAGCUUUGUACAAAUCCAGAAUUACAAAGCUUGAAGAUGAGCUUAAAAAUGCUACAUCAACAAAUAAGAGUGUAACUGCCUUGCAUGACCGGAUUUCAGAACUGGAACAGGAAAAGGAAGAGCUGCAGUCUACACUACAAGCUUUUUCUGAACUUAAAGCUCAGAAUGAACAAUUGCUGGAUAAGCUGGAAGUCUACGAACAACAGCAGCAAAAAUUGCAAGCAGACCUUGAACAAGUUACGAAGAGGGCAGCUUCGCAGGCUAGUGAAUCUGAUAGUGUGGAUGAGCUGCAGACUCAGCUUUUGGAAUGGCAAGAAAUUGUAACUGAGUCUGAAGAUGCACACAAUCAAAUCAGAGAGGAGAAAUCUGCUAUGGCUCUAAGAAUGUCACAAAUUGAAGAAGAGAGAGAAGGACUGAUUGAGGAUGACUGGUUCUUUCCUGGCUGCUCUGAUCCAGCCAUAGUCUCAGGGCAGCAGGAGUUGGAGGAGGAACUGGCCGCAGGUCAAGGGAUUGGAAGAAUGCAGCCAGAGGGAAGGAUGACUGCCCAGUCGAGCAGGAAACUCCAGGAUGACUAUGGCUUUGAUGGAAAACAUUGCUAUGAAGAGCUGAAUAUCACCAUGGAUAGUACAGAUUCAGCUGAAGGAGAGAACAUGGGAGGUUGGUGGCCAGAGUACACUUCCCCUAGUGCAGGUUUGCGGACUGUAGUGGAAGAAUUAGAAUUGGAAAGAAAUCAGUUGCAAGAACAAAUUCUCUUCUUGGAGGAACGUUGCCGGGACUUGGAAGAUAGAUUGCAGCUCCAGAGCAGACUGGAAGCUCUUCAGGUGACAUUUGGUGUAGAGGAAGAAGGGCAGCUAUUGAGGGCUGUACAGAAUGAAAAUGACCGUUUACAGUCCCAGCUUACACAGCUGCGCAACCAGCAAGCACGUGAUGCAGAAAAACACCAAGUUCUUGUUUCCAGUUUGAAUGAACAACUGAAAGGAUUAAAUGAAAGAAAUGGCUUGCUUGAAACUUUGCUUGGGGAAAAGGAGCAGAAACUUUCAAGUACAAAUGAAAAGCUAGAACAGGCAGAAGACAUGAGAAAGUCAAUUCAUGAGAGAGACCUUCUAAACAAAGAACUAAGUGAAAAGCUUUUGCAGAGGGAACAAAAGCUGGAAGAUGUCCUGAAGAAGUGCAGCGCUUAUGGAGAAGAGUGUGCAGAACAGAAAGCAGUUAUUACUGUACUAACAGAAAAAAUAACUGCCUUUCAAGAAAAGACCAUGAAACAGGAUGCUGCCAUAGAAUUAAUGCAACUGGAUCUUGAGCAGACAAAUGAAGAACUUGAUAGAUUAAACACAAGUCAUUUAGAAGAGAGGUCUCAACUAAUUCAUGACCUCCAGAGGCGUGAAAGAGAAUUUGACAACCUCAGAGAGGUUUUAGCUGAGAAAGACAAAGAAAUUUCUUCUAUUACUUCAAAUAUAAAUGUGUAUUCUGAGCAGAUUAAUAUUCUGAAAUGCCAGAUCAAGUGCAAAGAGGAUGAAAUGCGAGACAUGGAAGAAGCACUGUCCAAGGCUGAAAGGGGAGCCCAGUUGCUGACAGAUGUACAAACCGAAGAUGUGAACAAUGCAGGCAGAAAGCUUUCGGAACUUUCUGAGCAGUUAAGUGCAAUAAAAUCAGAACUGGCAGAGGUGAAAAUUGAAAACAUGACUAAAACCAAAGAAAAUGAAGAAUUUGUUAGGCAAAUCAAAGAGACAAGCCAAACGGUUAAAGAUCUUCAUUCUGCAAUCAAGACUCGUGAUGUUACUUACAACAACAAACUCAUGGAGUGUGAGUCACAAAUUAAGUUGCUUAAAGAACAAAUAAGUAAAUCAGCUAAAAAAUUGCAAGAAACAGAAAUAAAAUGUAAGGAGGAAACAGACCAUCUUAAAUCCCAGAUCGAUGAACAUAUCUCUGCAAAGGAGAAAUUGAACAAAUUACUAAAAGAAAAAGAAAACAAAGAACAAAGUUUUAUGAGUGAGAUGAAAUCAGUGAAAGAUUCUCACAACCAGCUUACUUUAGAAAAUGCUAAAAAAGAUGAAGAUUUAGCUAAUUUAUCCAGACAACUUGCUGAGCAUACUGAGCAUCUAGAAAUUGUCAAAAAGUCACUGCAAGAAAAAGCAGAAAUCAUAAUAUGCCUAAAAGACAAGCUUAAAGUUGCCGAGCAGCAAAAUGAAAAGGAAAAGCUUAAGUUAGUUGGAGAACUGAAUACCAAGGAAAUGCAGUGGAGGGAUGUUAAUAAUGAGCUGCAUGAAAAACAUGAAAUAAUUAAUAAGAUGGAGACCGAAAGACAAACUGCCAUCAUGACUAACAAGCAGUUACAAGCAGCUCUUGAGCAGAAAGAAAAAGAUUUUGCAGAUCAGCUUAAAGCCAGUGAAAAUCUUAGAAAUGAGAUACAUACUUUGGAGAAAGAGAAGCAACAGCUGAUUAGUGAGAACGAGAGUUUGUCAAAAUUACUGGAUGUUAAAGAGUGUGAACUGUUGAUGCGUGCUCAAUCCAUGGCUGAGUUGGAGAGUAAGAUGUGUGCCAAUGCCACAGAACACCAGAAAAUGCUUUCAGAGGUCAGCCACGAUAAAGAGACUUUAAGAAGGAAAGUUGAAGAACUCUCAGGCCUUGUAAAGCAAAAAGAAAAUUCAAUUGCAGAGCAGUUACUGGGGAAAGAGAAACAGUGUGGCAUAUUAGCUGAUGAGCUUUCCAGAAGCAGAGAGAUAACAAAGGAAUUAGAGAAAGAAAAUCAGUCUUAUAUCACUCAGUUAAAGGAUGAGCAGCAAAACAAAGCAUUGCUUUUGUCAGAGUAUGAUAAGGUGGUCCAACAGCUCAGUCAGGAGGAGGAAAAAACCUCAUCAUUACAGAUACAGGUUAAAGACUUAGAAAAGGAGCUUAAAAUAAAAAGCAGAUCUAUUGAAGAAAAAACUGAGCAUGGUGAUGCAUUACUUAAGCAAGUAAAAGAAAAACAAGCUAUCGUGACUGUGUUAGAAAAAGAAGUAGAAAAGCUUAAAUGUGAUAACAUAAAGCUAUCUCAACAGCUUGAAGAAAAAGACUAUACUCUAUUAUUGAAAGGGGUGGAGUUUGAGGAUCUUUGCAGGCAGAUUUCACAAAAAACAGAAGAGUGUACUAUAUUAAAUGAUCAGCUAGCACUAUUAGUCAAAGAAGUGGAUGUUUUGAAACAUGAAAAAGAUAGUGCUUUGGCUGUUUGCAGUGCUAAGUCAAAUGAAUGUGAUGCUUUUCAGCAUCAGUUAACACAACAUCAGUCUGAAAUUGUGUCCACAAAACAUGAAGCUCAUAUGCUGAAAUUAGAAAAUGAAAAAUUGAAAGCAGAUAUAGAAAUAGCCAGUGCUACAUUAAUGAAAAAUUGUGAAGGACUAGUGCCCUUGAGUGCACAAUUAUCUCAGAAAACUAAUAAUAUUUUAGUUUUUAUGGACCAAAUUGAUACCUUAGUUAGUGAAAUGAAAACACUAAAAAGCAGUUUUUGUGAUAAAGAGGCUCUUCUUUCCCAGAGGGAAGUUUUGAUUCAGGAAAUGAAAGAAAACAAAGAUGUAGGUGAAAAGCAUAAUUUGCAAAUUAUUUCAGAUUUGCAAAGCCAAGUACAGGUUCUAGAUAGUGAAGUUAGUCAACUUACACAGGAAGUGCAAGAGAAAGAGAAUAAAUUGAAGAAACAAGAUCAAGAGUUAAAAUUACUUAAAAGUAAAUCUGAUGAGUCUAAUUUUCUUAGAGUUCAACUGUCUGAGAAUAUGGAAAUAAUUUCUGAUCUCCAGAGUCAACUUAAAAAUAUGAUAGAAAACAAUGAAGUAUUAAACAAAUCAAUUACAGAGAAAAACAACUUUUUAAAACAAAAGGAGAAGGAAUGUGUUAAUUUACAAACAUGUAUUUCUGAGACUUCCUCUGUGCAGCAUAAACUUGUACAGUCGUUGACCUCUGAAGCAGAAAGAUUAAAAGCAAUCAUUUUGGAGAAGGAGUUAGCAGUGAAUAACAUUUCAGUGAUUAACAAUGAACUGAAGGCUGAACUUCAAGAUAAAAAGAAUGAAUGUGAGACUUUGAAGAAGCAAGCUACCAAUGCAGAAGAAUCAAAUAUUUGUUUGAAAAAGGAAAUAAGUGAUCAGAAUAAAUUAAUAAAUGACAUUAGCCAAGUGCUAGCAGAAAAAGAGGCUUCUGUUUUGGAUCCUACUAAUCUUGUGAAAACCCUAAGAGGGGAACUAAAAAUAAAUGAAGAAAUGUCACAGUUAAUUUCUCAACUUCAUAGUCAAAGAAAUGAACUGAACCAAGAAAAUCAAAAGUUAAAAGAACUAGCCGAGGAAAAAGAAAACAUUUUCUUAACUUUGCAGGGAAAAUUUGAUGCUCUGUAUGAACAGAAAAAUGAACUCUCUGCUUCCCUGACUAAAAAAGAAGAGAUUAUCACUGGCUUUCUUAAAGAUAUCGGUGUUCAACUAGCAGAAAGCAAUGUUCAGGCUCUUACCAACGAUACUGAGCUACUUAGAGGAGAACUAGAAAAAAGUGCUGCUACAAUAAAAAAGCUUUUGCAAGAGAAGGAUGGAAGCAUUGCCAGUAGCCAGAUGAAAAUUGACACUUUGAUAGUAGAAAUUGAAUCUGCAAAAUCAGAGCACCAUAAAGCAUUAGAACAAGUUGAGCUGUGGAAGCAAAAUAUUCAAGAGAGAGAGAGAGCUCUACAGGUUGUACAGGAAAAAUGCACUGAACAGGCUAAUCAUAUUGAAUAUUUAAAGUCUGAGGUCAUAGAAAAAUUGCAACAACAAAUAGAUUCUUUAAUAAAUGAUAAGGCUAUUUUACAAGAGAACUUUGAUAAACUGAAUCUGGAAAACAAAAACUUGCUUAAGUACCAGAAGAAUUUAGAGAAAAAAUCUAAAGAGCUAAAAGAACUUCAUGAAAAAUUAGAAGCCAGUGAGAAUGAAUUGCAAAUGCACCAAGAUGCUGUCGCUUUGCAGCUGGCGAAUAAGAAAGAGCAGAUGCAGUUACAGGUUAGUACAAAGAGUGAAGAAGUUGAUGAAUUGAAGUUUAAGGUUGAAAAGCUAGAGCAAAAUCUCCUUGAGUCAGAGAACAGAUGGGUAGCAGAACUUGCGAGGGCAACUCAGCAAAAUAACGUUAAUCUUGAGCAACUGAGUAAUUUAGAAAGGAAUCUGAAAUCAAAAGAGGAUCAAAUUCAAUCUUUGCAUCAAGAACAGGACAUUAUUCAAACAGAGUUGUCCAAACAUCUUUCUGCAUUGUCAGGUAGUAAGUACUUCCUCAAAGACAGUGACAGUGAUGCUGGUCAGCAAGUAGCUAAGACUGUAUUGGAAAAAUUCUCUACUGUGAUAGAUACUAUUAUCAGCAAAGAAGCUGAAGCAAUGGCACUGCAGCAGACUAUUUUAGAGAGAGAAGAAGAAGUACAUCACCUGAAUAAUCAGCUAGAAAGCAUGUUGUCCUUGAAGGAAGAGAAAGAGUUGAUGCAGAAUGACUUUAAAAAGGCAAAAGCUGCUGACCAAUCUGAGAUUGAAUAUCUCUUAAAUGAACUGAGUACUGCUAAGGAUGAAUUAUGUAGGCAGCAAUCUGUCUGUGAAGAAAAGGACAUUGCAUUAUCAAACAUGAGGAAGGAUGUUGUUUUCCUCCAUGAGAAGAUAGAUAAAUUAGAAAAAGAGCUUGAAAGUAGUUGCAAGACACUGAACAGUGAAUGUCAAAAAGCAGCAAAACUUUUAGAAGAAAUAGAGCAUAAAAAUCAGAUAAUAGAAAACUUUAGUUCCCAAACUAACCAACAGAAGGAUUUAAUUACUUCUCUAAGCCAGCAGUUAAAAGAAAAGGAUUGCUCAGUUACUCAAGUCAUGGAAUCCAUGUCUAAUGAAAUGGUAAAAUUCUCUGAGGAAAAAAAUGUGCUUGCUAUUGAAUUGCAACAACUAGAAGCCAUAAGGAAGAGCAUGACAGAAGAGGUAAGUACAUUAUCACAGCAGGUAGAAGAAUAUAAGAAAGAACUUGAACUCAGUCAAGUUGUGUUGACCAACAAAGAAGCUACCAUAAAAGACUUGGUGAGUGAGAAGGCGCAGCUAAAUAUUACUUUGGAAAAAAUAAAUAAAGAAAAGGAAAAUCUGAAAAAGAAGCUUCAGGCAUCUUUGCUAGUAAGAAAGGACUUAAUUCAGAAAAAUGAGAAGCUUAAUAAAAAGACAGAAUAUUUUCGGGAGCAAAUUAAUGACUUAGUAAAACAGGUUGAAAAUACUGAGGCUCACAACAAAGAUCUCGAAUCCCAACUUGAAGGACUGAAGACACAAUUGUUAGAAAAAGAUGUGAAGAUAAAUGACACAAGUCAAACCUUAUCAGCCAAGGCAGAACACUUGGAGCAGCUGGAGAAAGCAGUUACAGAAUUCAAAGCUACUAUAGCUGAACAAAAAAGUAUGUCUGAUAAGAACUUGAUCUAUCUACAAGAGAAGGAUUGUCUGCUUGCACAAAUGCAGUCUGUGCUGAAUGAGAGAGAGAAAAUCCAUCGAGAGGAACGUUCACAACUUUUCUUAACCAUAGAAAAUCUCAAAGGUGAAAUAGCAAAGAGAGAUGAAACAUUCGAGAAAACGAAUGGGUCAGAAGCUACCCUAAAUACCGAAAGUUCCUGUAGUAACAAUACACACCAACCUAAUGAAAUUAAUCCAGUCACUGAGCUGCAGAAAGACAAGGAAAUCCUGCAAAAGAAACUUAAGGCACUGCUUGUGGUCCGCAAAGAAAGCACUAAACAAAUUCAGAAACAAAAAGAAGAGCAUGCUAAGCUGCUACGAGAUUUUAAUGAACUAACAAAAGACUUUGAGCUCAUUAAAAAAGAAAAGAAAGCACUCCAAGAGAUUCAUCAGAGAAAGUGUGAAGAAGUUGACUCUAAUUUAUUGCUUUUAUACUCUCUGCAGAAAAGGUUGGACACUGAUACAUCUCUUAGGCACAGUGAAAAUGCUCAGCAGAAAACAUUAGAGUCUGGGGAGCUAAAUGUGAAGGGUGAUGUCAGGGUUGGAAAAUCAGGAAAGAUGGUAAGUAUGAUGACAAUGGAAGAGUCUGAGAUGGCGAAACUUCAUGAUAACUAUGCUAGACUUAUGGAAGAAAAAGAAAAGCUUAAGGAAGAGUUAAAAGAGAAGUCACUUGAACUUGGUAGUGUACAGCAAGAAGCAGUAAAACUGAAGAUCUCUGUUGAGCAACAGGAACAGCAGUAUAAACAAGAGAGAGACAAUAUGUUGAUUGAACAAGGUCUGCUUAAGCAACAACUAGAAUCUCAUAAAAAUGAAUUGCAAGCUGUUAAAACUAUGGUUGAAACUAUGAAUAAUGAAAAAAGUAAACUCCACAAACAACAUGAAGAUCACCUAUCAAGUCUGAAAGAAACUGAUAAACAUCCCAGUGAAGAAAACAAGCAACUAUUGAUGGAAUUCAAUAUGCUGCGUGAGAAGGUUUUGCCAGUUUCUAGUGCAUACAAAAAUGUGGCAGGUGUAAGGGAGGACACAAAAACUGUGUGGCCGCAUUCUGAUAAUGUGCCGGAGAACAGUGUUCAAGGCCCAGACUUCUGUAGUUCAUUGGAUGAUGUCACUUACACAGAAAGAGAAUUGCUAGAUGUCACUAAUACAGGAAUAAAAACAUCAACUGAAAGAAUAGGUGAUCAAGAUCCCCUACCAACAGAAAUGUCUCGGGAACAGAUAGAAGAAAAUGUAAAUGGCAGAAGCUAUCAACCUCAACUGCAGAAGUAUGAUGCUGAAGAGAAAAACAGGGAACGUCUCCAAAGAAAGCUCCAAGCUGCUUUAAUAUCACGUAAAGAAGCAUUGAAGGAAAACAAAACUCUUAAAGAUCAAAUGGAGUUACUAGUUUUGGAAAACAAAGAGUUGAUUAGUAAGGUUCACACCUAUGGACAGCUGAUGUCUGAGUUGGAUAGAGAAAAACAAAACUUGAGUACUGCACUGUAUAAAGAGGAGACUCUUGUGGCAGAAAAUGCUAGAUUAUUAAUUGAAAAUGAAAACCUAACUGCUGCUUGUGAGAGUCUGAAGUCUACCAUGCAGACCAUAGGGCAAGAGAAGGAAGCUUUUUCUUUUCAAUUGAAUUCCUUAAAAGAUUCUCAGACAGUUGAAUUAACAGGUUGGAAAGCUAAACACAGUGAAUUAAAGCAAGAGUAUGAAUCUCUGCUUCAGGCCUAUGAGAAUAUUAGUAGUAAAAUAGCAGAAAUGAGGCACAUUAUUGAUGUCACUAGAAAAGAAAAGCAGGAAGCUCUUCACAGAGUAAAUGAGAGAGAAUCUGAUACACAUAAACUGAAGGAGCUGCUUCAGAAAGCAGCUGAUGAAAGUGUACAAGUAAAGGAACAACUGAAACAGCUGACUGAAUCUAAACAGAAGGAAAUAAGUGAACUAAAGAUUGCAGCUGAAAAGCAAGCAUCUGAGCACAAGUUGUGCUUGGAAGACUAUCAAAGAAAAAUUGAUGAAUCUGUGCUUCAGAGCAAGCAGCUAAUGGAGGAAAAUAAGCAAUUAAAGGAAGUUUCUGAGAUUUUAAAGCAAACCUUGGAAAAAACAGAGAAGGAAAAUGAGGAGCUUUCUAAGGAUUUUAGUCUAACAAAAUCUGCUCUCAGGGACCUCCAAACACGGUUGGAAUUGAACAAGUCUGAUGUACAGUCCAAGAUAAGUGAUUCCCUCUGUGAAAGAGAGUCAUUAUUAAAACACAUUCAUUUGUUAAAUGAGGGGAUUUCAGAAAAAGAGAAAAGCAUGCUGAUCUUAAAGCAAGAGAACAAAACUUUGUUAGAAAGGUUGAAAGAUGCUGAAAAAUCUCUGCAUCAGAAUAAAAGCUUUUUAUCAAAGUUGGAAAAUGAUUGUAAAAAUCUUAAUCAGGAAAUAGUCAGUCUUGGUGAAAGAAUUAAAAUAUUAGAGGAUGAUAAAUGUCUCUUACAAGAAGAAUUAGAAAAUGUUCAAGAAACAUCUUACAAAGUAAAAAAUGAGAGAGAAUUUUUGGAGACCGAGUUGCUCAACCACAUCAAAAAAUUGGAUCAAACAACAGAUAGACUGAAAGCCACACAGAUACAAAACAGCCUCCUUGUAGAGCAGUUGGAAAAUUUGAAAGCAGAGAAAUGCAACACAAUAAGAGAAAAAGAAGAGCAGCAGCAUCUGGCCAGAGUAUUUGAAGAAAAGCUGAAAACUGCUCAGAGAGACAAUCAUGAGACAAAGAACAAAACUAAAGAGUUACAAGAACUUUUGAGGGGAAAACAACAGGAGAUCAACCAGUUGCAAAAGGAUUCUAUUAAAUACCAGGAGAUGAUACUGGACUUGGAAAAAUCUGUGAAAUUGUCACAUUCAGAAAGUGAAAAAAUUGAGAAAGAUUUAAACAGUGCAGAAGGAAAGCUCGCCAAAUCAAAUGAAGAGCUGCAGAAGCUAACUGAAAAACUAUAUUUACAGAAUAUUUCACUGUAUGAGUCAAAAUCUGAAAUAGAGCGACUUGCAAAUGACAACCUACGUAGUAAAAAUGAACUUAAAAAGAAAGAAAACAGAAUAUCAAAUCAAAAGAGAGAAUAUGAGAGCCAGUUGGAGUUCAGCCUUCAGCAGGGUGAGACUCAAGCAGCAUUUCCUCCAGGAGCUCCUCAAGAAAAAGCUGAAGUCAUUGACAUAGACAACAUGGACUUCAUUGAAAUCAAUGGAAGGCUUGCACAGAGGCAAGAACCAACCUUAUUGGAAUUAAUGGGGACUCUCUCAGAAGAGAGGAAUAGACGGGAAGCUGCGGAAGAGGCCCUCGGGCUCUUGGAAGAACAAAUUAAAAGGCUUGAACUGAUUGAUUCCAGGCCAGCAUCUGAACAAUGUGCUUUUCAGGUAGAAGAAGAGGAAAGGCAACCUUUCAUCAUCAAUGCUAGCGAACUUACAGUAGUACGAAAGUAAUGAUAUCUCAGAAGUGGGCCUUGCUGUGGCAGCACUGACCUUCUGGGAAGCUGCUUCUCUUGCAGUAUAGGAGUCUGCAAAUGUGAUGAGCUUCAGAUGACAACUGAAGACUCAGCUGUUCUGAUAGGCUUUUCCUGGCCUAUCAGAUGUCUUUAAAGUGUCUGCUUUGGGGUUGUUUUGCCUUUCUAGGAUUAGUAUUGUAUUUAUUUUAUAUAUUUUUAUCCCAAAGGAGUAUGUGUUUAACAAAAGAUGUAUGGUAUUUGUAAUCUUUUGUAAACUGGUUUUGGUAUAUAACUAUAUGAAAUAUAUAUAAAUGCAACAGUUGCUAUAGGAAUGCCACAGAAAACAAAUGAUCCAUACCUGGGCUCUUAAAAAUUGAAAAGCAUUUAUUACACAAGAUGUCAGUCAUUAUAUAUAUCGGUCUCUGCACCACUGCUCCACAUUACAAGUGGUUGCUGGAGAAUCAUCAAGGUUCAUAAUAUGAUGCUAAGUUGUUGUGUUGUAAAUACUUCAGUAUCUUAUGGAAUAGAUGUGGAUCACUUGCAAUGUGAAAGCAAUAAAGACCCUACAACUUACCUAUGACACAUUUUUUUCUCAUUUAAUUCCACCUUUUGUGUUUAUUUUUGUGGGUUUGAUUGGAAAGCAUGAAUGCCCAAUGCUAAUUUAAUGGGAUCAAAUGCUUCUUUUCU